AUGGUACUGUGUUCUCAGACCAAAUGGUACAUAUUAGGGGGUAUUUACGCAGUUAGACGAUUAUCGAGCCAGACUCACCACGGACAAGGGAUAACAUACAAUGAAAAGUCGAUUGUGGGGUAAGUAGUUCUCUAAUUUCCUUAAUAUUUUAGGUUUUCGGCCGAACAGAUGUUCCAAGUUGUGUACAAUAUAGAAAAUUACCCGUUGUUUGUUCCGUGGUGCAAGAAAGCUGUAGUCCAUAAGAAGAACGACGGAGUUCUAGAAGCUGAACUCUUCGUCGGGUUCCCUCCUUUAAAAGAACAUUAUAAGUCAAGAGUUACUACAAUAUAUCCCACAGUUAUCAGAGUAAGUGCCGUUUAUUGAUAUAUUUGCACAUUUUUAGUCCGUAUGUACAGAUGGGAGGCUAUUUAACUCUUUCGAUACAGUAUGGAGAUUCGGAGAACAUCCACCAAAUUACCCUCAGCAGUCGUGUCUACUACACUUUACACUAGACUUCGAGUUCAAAUCUGUUCUUUAUGCUCAUUUGGCCAACUUAGUCUUCGGCCAAGUGGCCAAGACCAUGGUUUCAGCUUUUCUAAAGAGGGCAGAGUUUAUGUAUGGACCUCCAUCAAUGUUACCGGUCAAAAUACCAUGA